GGCAAACUGUAUGAGUAGAGGAGUUAGACACAAGGAAGGAGUAAGUAUGAGUGAGCAUCGCAAGAGGAAGAGCAACGCUGCGAGAGGUAGGCACGAACAUUGCACGAACGCAGGACAGGUGACCCUCGCCAUCGUGGCACUCGCUCAUUCAUUUCGGUGCUUUGCUUUGAUUGAUGUCACUCACAGAGCGAGGAAUCGAGCUGCUGGAGUUCCUCCCAUCUAUCGGCGUCAAGGCGCCGCAGGUGCCUGUCGAGCCGCAGUGGCGCAUCUUGUUUGACGUGUCGAUGGACGCCUUCUACGCCAGGCUGCUGGUCAACGGACAGGAGCAUCUGUUCGGCCCGUACCAGUCGCUCCAUGAGGCACGGCAGCGCCAUGACCUGGAGGCAGUCAGAUACCUGGGUCUGCGGCAGGGGUCGAGGAUAGCAUUCGACGGCCACCUCAUGCAGCCGCAUCGGCUCGACCCUGCCCUGCGCCAGCUCUACUACUUGGGCCACCCUGAGGAGGGGGACAAGACGCCCACAGCCAAACGGAAGCAGGCAUCGCGAGAGCAGGCGCCAAUGGGGAGCAGCAGCGCAUCCUCAGCAACGGCAUCAGCACCAUCACCGGCAGCGGCGGCAGCAGCACCAGUGGCGGCAGAUGUGUGCGAGGAUCUCAACGAUGAAACGAUGGAGGAGACCGAGGAGAAGGACUUUGACGUCAUCGUGAUUGGAGCGGGCACUUCAGGUGGGCAGCAAACACGACACAGCUAUACAAGGAACAAAACAAUCAUGCCACCUGUGCCUGUGUGUGUGUGUGUGUGUGUGUGGUCGUUGGUUCUGUCCUCAGGUUUAGUUGCCGCUCGUGAGUGUGUAGCCGCGGGCCUCACUGUCGGCAUAUUCGAGUCACGCAAUGAGCCAGGCGGCAGAUUGCGGACGCACACUCUCCGUCACACCUCCUCGUCGUCGGCCGCUGCGUCAUCGGCCCAGCCGCCCCACUCUGGCGACGUCCAUGUGGAGCUCGGGGCCCAGUACAUCCACGGGUGCGCCGGGGAGCAGCAGCACAAGGGCAACCCCGUCCUACGCGCCAGCAUCACACAGGAGCGACGAGUGGGCUAUGUGGCCGGCCCAGAGGGCACCUCAGAGCCAUGCGACACGGCCAUGUUCUUCGACACGAAGAGCGGCCAUCCCGUGGCGUCGUAUGACGUGGCGAGGGUCGACAUGGUCAUGAAGGCCAUGACCGAGGAGGUGCGGUAUGAGGUGCGGCUGGCGUGCAACCCUUGUGCGGCCCACCCCUACUGGCAGGCGACGCCCGUGUCCCACCUGCGGACCAUCCACGACCUGGCCCUGCACGCCAAGGCCGCCGGCGCCAAGAGGAGGGGCGACAUCAGCAACCGAUGGCGCGACCACCAGCUGUGGCUGGAGCAUGAGGCAACCAUCGAGAGCUACCUCGACACCAUCUUCCCCGACCGACACGAAAUCCUGUCGCCAUCCACCCAGCCCCCUUCGCCCACCUUCAGCCCAGCCAGGACGGGCGACUCAGCGUCAUCCAAGUCCAAGAAGAAAGACGGGGAGAGCGAGGCUGCCGAGACCCAGGAGGGCGUGUGGCCCCCUCCGGUCAAGUCAGAUCGCAUCAGGCGGAGCGUGCGUGUGCGGCGGGGGACUGAGGGGUCAGAGGAUGGGAGGGGGGGCGGAAGCAAGCAUGUGGAGGAUCUCGAGUCGGCGUCGCGUCGGCUGCUACCCAAGGUACUCGAGCGCCACCUGAUCGUCCUCUAUGUGCGAUUGCAUGUAUGUGUGUAUGGCCGAUUGCCUGCAGGUCCUCAAGCGCCUGGGGCUGCAGGGCCACUGGACCGACCUCCACGACCAGAUGCUCGCCAAAGCCAAAGCGCGGACGUAGGAGGGGGAGCCGAGGAGGCACGAAACCAUCAGAUACAUUACAUCAGACAUUUUCUUUCUCUCUCUCUCUCUGUGUGUGUGUGUGAAUGUGUGUGUCUGUAUCAGUUGGAUGAUGUGUUGCUCUCCGUGUGACUUGGAUCUGCAGUACGAGCACUACUUGGACACCAUCAAGUGGAGCGACCAGGACGGCUGGCAGUGGGAGGAGCACAUGUCGCCCAAAGACGACGACGCCUUCCGCCACGAGUACCUCGACAUGAGCCGUGGCGAGGGCGACACCUGGCUGCACGACGCCCGCCUGGCCCCAUCCAUCGACGACCUCCUCUCUGCACACGACAAGCGCCUCGUCAGCACCGGCCGCAAGGACUUCGAGAGCAAGAGGGCCGCCGAUCAGCACCGCAGAGUGGCUAAGCCCACUCCCGUCAACCUCACCAAGGCCGACUGGAUCGUGCUCGAGGGAUACCGCCAGAUGGUCAUCGACCCACUCAUCCAGCACCACUGCACCACCGCCACGGUGCCGGACGGCCGCGAGGUGGACGGACAGCUGGCCGUCGUCCACUAUCGGUGUCCGGUGGCGAGCAUAGAGCAUCGCACCGACUGUCGGCUGGUGAGGGCGGAUGGCGUUGCUGAGGGAGCCGAGGGCUUCAUGGAGGUGCGGCUGGCCGAGGGCGCCGAUGCCGCUCGCAAGGUGGGCAAAGGACAAUGACGGGUGCGCAUGGGUCGGUGGGCUGACGACUCUUCGUUCUGUGUGUCUGCAGGUGUAUCGCAGUCUGUACGUGGUCGCGACCUUACCCUUGGGCAUCCUCAAAGCGUCCCUUAGCUGCCACCGCGACCAGGCCAAGAUAGACGCAUCCGACACACUCAAGAAGAAGUGAACCACAACACAAUCACGAACACAAAGCCCCAAACAGCCUCUUCAUCGUCGCUGCUCUGUCGUCUUCCUCUUCGUCUUUGCCGUCAGUUUGGUGACGUUCGUCCCGCCCCUCUCAUCGGCCAAGCAAGAGGUGAUCACGACCCUGGGGUUCGGCAUCCACAACAAAGUGCUGCUGCGGUUCGACACGCACAUCGGCAAGGGGUCGCUGCGGCCGCCCAAGCCAUCCGGCACCAGGUCGGGUGAUGCACAGGGGCAGGGUGAGGGUGCGGGCGACACGGCUCUGCACCCGCUGUGGUCGGAGUUCGGUGGUGUGCCCAACUGGACCAACACCCAACCCGACUACCCGGUGCAGAUACUCAACCUUCACGCAUACGGUACGGUAGGCACACACACAACACCACAUAGACAGACGACAGAGGUGAUUGCGUGUGUGGCGUGUGCCUGUCUGUGUGUCGAUCCGUUCAGGCAAGCCGGGGACGCUGUGCAUGCACGUGUAUCCCCCGCUGUCUGACGGCUUCAACGGCAAAGACGACCAACAGGUACGUGUGUGGCGUCGACAAAUACAAAGGGAUAGGGAGCGACCAGUCGACCAUUCCAUGUGUGUGUGUUGGUGGUGUGCGCGUGUGUGUCCGCAGGCGCUAGAGGAGUGUCUGGGCGUGCUCGAGAACAUGUUCAGAGGACCCCUUAAACCGCGACUGGUGGGCGACUGAACCGACACGUGUAUGCAUACCAACGACAAGACACCCUUCCAUCCACCUUGACUUGUGCGUGGCGUGCAUUAGUGUGAGGGUGCGCCUGUGCUGCCCACUCUCCUGGACUGGAAGAUCACCCACUGGGAGAGGGAGCCCGAGGCGCUCGGAUCCUACUCAUACCUAGCAAAGGUCAACACCACACACACCACACCUAAUUGCUCUCCUGCAUGCUGUGCUUUGCCUUUUCUCUCAUCUCUCUGUUUGCAGGGCUGCGGUGAGGAGGCCGUGACCGAGUUGGGACAGCCCGAACACUCGGGGAGGCUGCAGUUCGCAGGUAGGCCACCUCACCCACCCCCUCCCUCUAUCUGCUGUCAUAUGCGUCCCUGUCGUCGUGUGUCAGGUGAGGCCACCUCUCGUGAGGGCUUCCAGUGUGUCACGGGUGCGUGGAUGAGCGGCGAGCGGGCGGCCAAGCACAUCAGGAACCACAUCCGGGACACCAACCCCAACCACCCCAUGGUGUCUACAUCGGCUGCAGGCGGCACGGGGUCGGCCUCUAUGGUGGCUGGGGGCGAGCAGCAGCGCGCGCGGCGGCCGUCGCUGAAGCGCAAGGAGAACGAGGAGCUGCUGGCCGAUAUCAAGGACAAGAAACUCAGGUUUGAGUGAGUGAUGAGUAGUGUAGGUCUUCGUCGUCUUGCUCUGGGAUGGGAUGGGGUGGGAUGGGUGUAUCGUGCGAGGAUGACACUCCCGC